UGCCCCCGCCCCCGAGCGCCUCCCUCCCCGGAGCCGGGCCCCUGCCUCCCUCCGAGCGCGCUGCUGCUCGCGGCCGCUGCGGCCGCCGAAGAGGAGCCGGGGGCCAGUCUGUUUCCAGGUCUGGCUCGGGGCCGGCCAGCGGCGGCAGGAGAUGCCCGGGCGGCCAGCCGAGGCCCAUGUGGCGCGCUAGGGGGGACCCCGGCGUCCUGAAGGCCGAGGCGCUGGCCCUGCUGCCCUGCGGCCUGGGCAUGGCGUUCUCGCAGUCCCACGUGAUGGCCGCGCGGAGGCACCAGCACAGCCGGCUCAUCAUCGAGGUGGACGAGUACAGCUCCAACCCUACCCAGGCCUUCACCUUCUACAACAUCAACCAGGGCCGCUUCCAGCCGCCGCACGUGCAGAUGGUGGACCCAGUGCCCCACGAUGCCCCUAAGCCGCCUGGCUACACACGCUUUGUCUGCGUGUCCGACACCCACUCCAGGACGGACCCCAUCCAGAUGCCCUACGGCGACGUGCUGAUCCACGCCGGGGACUUCACGGAGCUGGGGCUCCCGAGCGAGGUGAAGAAGUUCAAUGAGUGGCUUGGCAGCCUACCCUACGAGUACAAAAUUGUGAUUGCCGGCAACCACGAGCUGACCUUCGACCAGGAGUUCAUGGCCGACCUCAUCAAGCAGGACUUCUACUACUUCCCAUCCGUGUCGAAGCUGAAGCCGGAGAACUAUGAGAAUGUGCAGUCUCUGCUCACCAGCUGCAUCUACCUGCAGGACUCGGAGGUCACCGUGCGCGGCUUCCGGGUCUACGGCUCGCCGUGGCAGCCCUGGUUCUAUGGCUGGGGCUUUAACCUCCCACGAGGCCAAGCGCUGCUUGAGAAAUGGAACCUCAUUCCCGAGGGCAUAGACGUCCUGAUAACCCAUGGACCGCCGCUGGGUUUUCUGGACUGGGUCCCCAAGAAGAUGCAGCGGGUGGGCUGCGUGGAGCUUCUUAACACAGUGCAGAGGCGUGUCCAGCCACGGCUGCAUGUCUUCGGCCACAUCCAUGAAGGGUAUGGUGUCAUGGCGGACGGGACGACCACUUAUGUGAAUGCAUCCGUGUGCACCGUCAACUACCAGCCUGUCAAUCCACCCAUAGUCAUCGACCUCCCCACACCCCGGAACUCCUGACUGCCUCUGCUGUCCCAGCCCUUCUGGUCCACGUUAGCUACAUAUGCCUGGCCGAGAGCACGGACCCCAGCCACCCUUCCUUCCAUGCAGACAACCUGUCUGGCAACGGGACCAGCCCAGCAGACAAGUCGAGGACUUGGAAUGAAGAAAAUCACUCCUGACUCUUCAGCCUUCUGUCACCCUGAGUUGGGACUCUGCAGGUCCCUGUCAGGGUUUCUUCACUCAUGACUGUUUUCUGUGUGUACAUUCUGUGCACCUUGUUAAAGGGCCGAACAAGUUCAUGACUCUGUGCUGCUUGGGAAAUGAAUGGAUCUUCAUCCUUCUGGGUAGGACACCCUCGUGGGUUUGGGAAGCUGCUGCUCUUGGACAGAUUUUGGAAGUUCUUGCACAAAAUCUCCCUCUAACUGAAGGUCUGUGUGGCUGCAAGCCCCAGGGGUGGAGGGUGGGUGGGAGGUUUCGGCGCCUGGCUGCAAAUGGCCUGCCCUUUCCUCUCUGGCUGGAGAGGAGACAGGCCUGCUUCACAGCUGCCAUCCUCUGAGGGAGUGUUCAGGGACAUCUCAGGAAUUCGGUGGCACCUGGCCAGGCCAACAAGUCGUUUGCCUUGCGUUGUUCCCGUUUUUCUCCUGUGGGCAUUUUGCUGACUUGAACAACGGCCUGCGCGUCCCAGGCACCACUCAGAGCCUGGAUUUGGGGGGUUGGUUCUACAGGAUGAGCCGUUUGAGUGCCCAGGACCUGCAGGAGGGUUCCCGAGUCAUGGAUGACCCCUGGAACUUGGGGGCUGUGCUGCUCUGUGGAAUUCAACCGCCUGGGGGCGUCCACAGGCCAAGGCAACCCUGCGACAUGUAUGUGCCCGUGUGGGUACACACACCCCUACCCCCUUAACUUGAUGAAGUGGAUCCCAUGUUUCUCAUUACUGUCCUCGAAUGGCCUCUUUCUCCCUUGGUGCGAUUUCUCUCGCGCCAUCUGGCAGCCGUCUGGGUGCCCAUAGCUGAAGGCAGCCGAAGGGCUCAUAGUCCUCACUGCCCAGGGCUGGUUGGCCCUGGUACAGGAGGGUGGUGGCGCGGGGGCCUCUCUUUCUCCCUUACAUUAGGACUGGGGCUUUGGGCCGAGUCUGAGGGAGGCGGCGGCGUGGGGCCUGGUUAGGGUGAGGUGGGGGUGAGGGGGGAAGGGUCAGCUUCUGUCCUUUUUAAAAUUUCUAUAUUUUGUUCAUCAUGGAUUUUUCUGCAUCAAUUUUGAUUUUUCAAACCAAAACAUUACAUUAAAAUAGUAUCCUUUCUCUUGAAUACUGAGUUUUUGGUUCCCCUUAACUUGUGCACCUGAGAGGUGGCCCUUGUCCCAGCCCUGGGACCAGCAUUUAAUGAGCCUUUUGCUGAUACAAUCUCAUUUCAUCUUCAGGCAGUCCUGCAAGGUGGGUACUGUUGCCCCAGUUUGGAGGUGAGGAGAUCGAGGUCAGAGAGGCGAGGAAGCUGGACCGAGGAUGCACAGCUCAGAAGGGGCAGAAGGAGGACUGGGGCCUUGUCUCUGGCUUCACGGCCCCUGCUUUGCCAGCCCCAGAGCUCCGCCCCUACGAGGCCAUGCACGGUCCAGAGCCUGCCUCCUGUCUCUAAGGGUCCUGUUCGGAGCCCGUCUGGUUCGUUUCUCACAGAGAGCCCCUGGAGCCCUGAGGGUUCCUCUUCCCUGAGCCCAGCACCCCGGUGUCUGGGGCUGCGAUUCCUUUCCUACUCAGAGUGGGGCUCCCCAUGGGGCAAGGAGCACUGCCCAGAGCACCCCAUGUUGGCCGAGCCAGCUUUGCUCUGUGGGGUGCAGGGCCUCAGGUGCCCUGUUGGGCCCAGGUGGUUCCUGGUGGCCGGAGAUGUCGACAAGGUCUCCGGGGAUGCCCCAGACGCAUGACGUUUGUGCCCGUGCGGGCCAGGGAAGCCACGAAGCCCUGGCAGUUUGCCUCUACUGAAUCUCUAUGUGGACCAAGAACAUAAACUUAGAAAAACUUUUUUCCUAAGGUAUCUUCAGAAUAUGGUGUAUUUUUAUGUGGAAAAGUUAUGAAGGCAGCUGUUACUUUAAAAGAAAAUUCAUUGAAAGUCCCGAGGUAUGAAAGAUGAUGGCGUGCUCCUCAAUCAUUUUGGCAUAACUUGAUUGUGGCUGUGAUUUUUUUGUCAAGCAU